CGGGGCCCUCAGCCCGGCUGGAAGCGUCUUCCCAGACGUUAAAGGGGACUAACCCCGCUGACGGUUCCUGAGCAGGGCUGCGGACCGGGCCUGGCUAUCAAGAUCAAGGCGCCGUUUCGGGAAAAGAGUCGUCGCCAGGCCGCCCUCCUGUCCCCGGGAAGGUUUGGGCGGAGGGCUUGAGAGCAGUUCCCGCGUGCGCGCCCAGUGACUGUCCAGGACGUGGAACCCGGGCGGCUGCCGAGCCCACACCUAGUGGGCGCCCCGAAGCGUUUGCCGGCUGCACCGACAGCCUUCGCCACCGCCCUAGACCUGAGCGGUCCACGGUCCCCAGCCCGGGCCUGGUGAGGCUUGUGGGCACAGCCCACACAGGGUCCUUGAUCCCGGAUCUCACCUCCCGCCCCUCGUCCUGAACGGCCUGCCUUCCCGAGGCCGCAUUGGAGGCCUCCGUGGCCGUGCAACGACCGUUCAUGUCUGACGAUAGGCAGGCCUGCGCGGGGGCCGGGGUGGGGGCGCAGAGAGGGUGUCUGCCCGUUCCCCCUGUGAGUUGGGCAGUCCGACAGGGUUAUUGUUAAUUGCAGACUAUUCAAGGGUGUCUACCUGUAAGGGCGUUUUCCUGGAGAUCGGGCCCAGGGGCAGAGACCUUCCUUUGGCCACCUGGGAGCAGCAUGUGAGGAAGCUGCAAGUCACAAGUGGCUUCUGGCCUGAAAAGUCCUUCAUUUGCCAACAUCUGCCCCCUCUGACCCAACCCUCCUUCCUACAGGAGGUAAUGAAGGUCCUGCGGCACAAGAACCUCAUCAACUUCUACCAGGCCAUCGAGACCACGUCCCGAGUGUACAUAAUUCUGGAGUUGGCUCAGGGCGGCGAUGUCCUUGAAUGGGUCCAGCGCUACGGGGCCUGCUCUGAGCCCCUUGCGGGCAAGUGGUUCUCCCAGAUGUCCCUGGGCAUCGCCUACCUGCACAGCAAGGGCAUCGUGCACCGGGACUUAAAGUUGGAGAAUUUAUUGCUGGACAAGCGGGAGAAUGUGAAGAUAUCAGACUUUGGCUUCGCCAAGAUGGUACCUUCUAGCCAUUCUGUGCAUAAUAGCCCUUCUUUACACCAAAGGACCUAUUUUACCCACCUCAGCCAGACCUACUGUGGCAGCUUUGCUUAUGCCUGCCCAGAGAUCUUGCUAGGCUUACCCUACAACCCCUUCCUGUCUGACACCUGGAGCAUGGGUGUCAUCCUCUACACUCUGCUGGUUGCCCGUCUGCCCUUUGAUGACACCAAUCUCAAGAAGCUGCUGAAGGAGACUCAGAAGGAGGUCACUUUUCCACCCAACGUGUCCGUCUCCCAGGAGUGCAAGAACCUGGUCUUCCAGACGCUACGUCCACCCAACAAGCGUGCCACCAUCCUGGACAUCAUCAAGGAUCCAUGGGUGCUCAAGUUCCAGCCUGAGCAACCCACCCAUGAGAUCAGGCUGCUUGAGGCCAUGUGGCAGCCGCUCAGCACGGCGAGUCGUCGCGCAUCCUUGGAAAUCAGUAUCUGAAAGUGGCUGAGGCAGGGGUUGAGAGAGGAGCAAAGCAGGAAGGGUUUGGGGCUGAAAAUCUUUUAUACCAAAAAUAAAUCUAAUUCUGAUUAGUUUCAU